UAAAUCUCAAUAUUGAAAUUUUUCUGGAAAUCAUGACUCUCUGUUUUUCUAGCUCCAGUGCACUUUUCCAACAUGUCACUGCAUUAUUUGAAUGCAGUAUGGCAGCUAUCAUCACCUUACUUGUGAGUGAUCCUGUCGGUGUUCUUUAUAUCCGUUCAUGUCGAGUAUUGAUGCUUUCUGAUUGGUACACGAUGCUUUACAACCCAAGUCCAGAUUAUGUUACCACAGUACACUGUACUCAUGAAGCUGUCUACCCACUCUUACAGAACUGCUAUGAUCUUCUGGUCAGGAAGAAAAGACUAAUUGUUCUCUUCAGCCACUGGUUACUUCAUGCCUAUGGGAUAAUCUCCAUUUCCAGAGUGGAUAAGCUUGAGCAAGAUCUACCCCUUUUGGCUUUGGUACCUACACCAGCCCUUUUUUACUUGUUCACUUCAAAAUUUACAGAACCUUCACGGAUACUCUCAGAAGGAGCUAAUGGACAUUGAAUAUAAAAUGCCAAAAAACCCCAAAAAGUGUUCUUAAUAAAGAAUAAAGAAAUUUAACAAAAUGCAUUAGAAUUAUUCUGUCACACAUGGGAACAAGAUUUUCAGUCUAUCUUAAUGUUUGUUUUUGUUUGUUUGGUUGGUUGGUUUUGUUUUUGACUUAACAACUCUAUGGUUAGACAUGGAAAAUAUGAAAUACCAUAAUACUCUGUUGCAUAGUAUAAUAUUAUCUACCACACUAGAAGGCUAAACUAAACUUCUAAGGAAGUUUCAGCUAUUCUUAGAGCAUAAUCAUGUUUCUGUGUACUUGGUAGCAAUGGCCUGUUCACUUUUUAGUAAGAAAAACUUUAAUAAGUAUAAUCAGAAAUCCCUAGCAGUGACAUAAUUGUGCAUGCCUGUUGUGUUUCAGUUUGUUUUUCACCUAUAAUGGGUUACAAAGACAAACAUAUUUGUAUGGUCUGCAGCAAAAGUGGAAAUAAAGUAUUGUUUUUUGUUAUCUAUUUAUUUUCACCAAUACAGUAUUUUGAUAAUACAGAAAUAGAGCAUAAUUUAUGUAACAGGUUUUCUGUUUAUAAUUUGAAGACAUGUUCAGAUUAUUGUUCCUGUAAAGAAAAUAAUAAAAAGCUUAACUAUAAAAAA